AUGUUACAAAGUUUUGCCGACGAAAGGAAAAAAGAGGGUGCUUGCCUGUAUUGCUUUAAUUUGGAAAGUAUAUCGGCCUUUUCGUUUUGUUUGCCUGGGCGGGCAAAGUUAAAUGCGUUAAUUUUAAUAAUCGUUGGUAAAAUGGGGUCGAAAUGCCGCAGGAUAAGGGGCGAAGUAAAUGCUUGUUUGAAAGUGUCGAAAGCGGUUUGCAUUUCCGUGGUUUAG